AUGGCGACGGCAAGAAACGGGAGAGAGCUUUUUACUAUUCUGGAGACGAGCGCGGACGCAGAAAGCGGCACGGCGUGCGACGGCCGAGACUCCCCGCUUAAUCUUUCAGCCGAUGUGAAGUGGUUCGAAAUUCCCAAUGGGGUCGCGCACGACGAGGAGGAGUACGCGGAGGACUGUUAUUAUUCUGUGUCCACCAACUGCUCCGACGCCACCUCGAACGACUCGGAUAUUGAUUUCUCGGAUUUGGAGGAGGAGGAGCGCAGGAGCUUUUUCGGCUUUGAGGACGACCUGGACGAGGACUGCACGUCUCCCGACUUCUGGGGCGAGCCCGACCAGGUGAUCGCAAUCGAGCCGUUCUCCGCCGCCAGUGGCCCUCAGCACUCGCUGGGGGACGACGCCGACACCCGUGACUAUUUCCGGAUACUCUUCCCAGAUUCUCUUUUUGAACACAUGGUAGAACAAACAAACAAUUACGCCCUCUAUCGGCAACGGAGGAGCGGGAAGUCCGACCCCCACUGGCACCCCACCGACGUGCGGGAGAUGAGGGCGUACGUGGGGCUGAACGUCCUCAUGGGCAUCAACCAGCUUCCGGACGCCGGCAUGUACUGGGCCAGCGACAUCUUCAUCGGCAACGCCGGCUUCAAGAAGACCAUGACGGCCCGGCGCUUCGAGAAGCUCACGCAGUACCUGCAGCUGUGCGACCGCGAGGCGGAGCCGGCGCGCGGCGAGCGCGGCUACGACGGCCUCUUCAAGAUCCGGCCGCUGCUCGACGUGGUGGAGAACACCAUGUGGGACGCGUACGCGCCCAACCGCUGUCUGACCGUGGACAAGUGCGCCGUGGUCACGAAGGGGCGCUUCUCGCCGACCCAGUACAUGCCGUCCGGGCCCCUGCGGAAGGGGCUCACCGUGUGGAUGCUCUGCGACGCCCGCUCGGGCUACUGCCACCGCGCCAAGAUCUUCGUGGGCAAAGCCGGCGAGGACGAGGCCGCCGCCUCGCUGGGCUACAGGGUCGUGACCUCCCUGGUGCGGGGCCUGGAGGGCCAGUACCACCACCUCUUCAUGGACAGCUUCUUCACCUCCGUGCCGCUGCUGCAGAGGCUGCUGAGGGACGGCCUGUACGCCUGCGGGCCCACCCAGCCGGGCCGCCGGGGGUACCCGGAGGUGCUGCGCCCCCGCAACGUGGGCAAGCUGUGCCAGGGCGAGUUCUACCAGUGCCAGCGCGGCAACCUGGUGGCCACGGUCACGCGGGACGUCAAGGCGGUCAGCUGCCUGUCCACCAACUCGGCGCCGGGCAUCGUGGGCAUCAGCCCGGGCGGGCAGCAGGGCGACGGCGGCGGCGACGGCGAGGGGGACGGCGACGGCGCCGAGAGCCCCGGCGGCAGCUUCGGCGUGCCGCGACCCCUGCCCCUGCUCCUGUACCAGGAGAACAUGAGGGGGGUGGACCUGUGCGACCAGCUGAGGGAGUGCUACCAGGUCGGCAGGCCCUGCAAGAAGUGGUGGCGCUACUUCCUGUGGUUCUACGUGAACCUGUGCAUCGUCAACGCCUACAUCGUCCUGAGGGAGAGCCGGGGCGGCGCGCCGCCCGCCGGCUUCAACGGCAAGCAGUUCACCCAGCGCCACUUCCGGGUGCGCCUGGCCCAGCAGCUGAUCGGAGACUACCAGGGCGCGCGGGGCAUGGAGCGGGCGGCCAGGAAGCGGCACGCGGACUCGCCCAUAGAGUACGGACACCGGCUGGAGCGCAUGUCGGAGCGCUCGCGCCGCUGCAGGAACUGCACCAACAAGGGCCUGCGACACGAGAGCGUGUUCGGCUGCAAGAUAUGCAAUGUCCACCUAUGCAGGGGAGGCUGCUUCUCUGAGUUUCAUAAAUGA